GUCCCUCCGAGCGUCGUGCAUAAGUUGUCUUCAACUUUCACGGGCGGCGCGGCAGGCUUCUGGCAUUCCCCUUCGUUUCCAGCAUAUCUUGAAUGGCCGCAGUAGCCUCGUCUUCCUCCUAUCAUGCAUUUGCUCCCUCCAUAAGCCAGUCCUCGUCCUCCUCGCAGUUCCAGAACCAGAACGCCCAUGACGGCGAAUCGUUCGACGAAAGCCUGGUGAACACUCUUUUCUGCAAGGCCCUCUACGACUAUGAGGCCCAGGAUCCCUCGGCCCUCUCCUUCAAGCGCGGCGACAUCAUAGAAGUCCUUACGCAGCAGCCGUCGGGCUGGUGGGACGGUCUGCUCGGGGACGAGCGCGGCUGGUUCCCAUCCAACUAUGUGGAAGUGAUCUCGGACGAGGAGGCGGAAGUCGCGCUCUCCGGUGGUCUAUCCGACCUGGACCAGCACUCUAUCGACCAGCAAUCCCUCGCACCCAGCAGCAGCAUGAGCCAGGCUAGCAGCAUGCCCCGCAUGGCCUCCGACGCGGAUUCGGGGAUGGUAGACAUGUCGCACGCGAUGCUAGGCGGCGGCGCGCACCUCGACGCGGACGAGUGGCUCGACGCCGCGGGAAUGGGCGGCGGAGGGAUGGACGCCCUCGCGCACGCGGCCAUGGACGGCCCGACGCAGUCAAACGACUUUUGGAUGCCGCAGGUGACGCCCGGCGGACAGAUCUACUAUGUGAACACCCAAACCGGCCAGCAAUCGCGCGAUCUCCCCGUAGAGGCCGAGGACGACGGCGCGGACAGCGAUCUCGCCGGGCUAGCCGCCUCCGUGUCCAGCUCGCGAUCCGGUACCAGCAGGGGCCUUGCUCUCGCGAACGGCGGACGCGCUAAUGGCUCUGCUGUCCACCCCGCCGCCGGAUUUGGCGUCCCGCGCCGCACCGACACCCCUGAGCCCUGGGUCCGCAAACUUGCCGACGAUGGCAUGGCGUACUACUACUACAAUCAGGUCGAUGGCAGCAUACAGUGGACCAAGCCCGAGGGCGGCCCACCCUCCUCUGCCGACCGCUCCCAAUCCGCGACCCCGAGUUCGCGCCAGCGCGCCUAUUCCGAGGCGAGCCAGCAUAGCUCGUACGCGACGACGCAGGACUAUGCGUCGGGUCGGGGGCGAUCAUAUUCAACGACCUCCGAUCAUCGAAGUGUCACGAAUUCUUCCUACCGAUCCCGCCAGCACGAAGUCAGCCGCUUGAGCGUGUACUCCGACUCGUCGGACUUGCAGCCCUUCGAGGCCCUCCUUCCCGCCUCCCGAUCACGCGUAUCUGAGGAAAAGGGACUCGCCGUGCCCGAAGACAGCGGGCCCCCGACCGCUCGACUCGACGCGCGCGUCGAACUUAGCACCGCCGAGGAGCUGGCUCAGCAGCUGCAGGAUGCCCUCUCACCCCCACCUCCGGAGUCCGCGGCGGAACUCUCGAUUGUCGCACGCAGCGCCAUCACCGCCAUCGUGGACUUCGUUCAGUCAAUGGCGGCCGCAGCGCAGGAGAGACCCGAGGUCAACGAAAACGCAGAGCUCGAUUCACUCGUGAACGCGGUCGUGGAUGCUGUUCGUAAUUUGCUGUUUGUAGCUGCGCCGCCGCCGAGCCAGAUGCCGAACGCGCAGGGCAAGGUUGAUAGAGCAGCCGACAAGGCCGCGAGCCAGUCGCCUCUGAAGCCUGCUCAGCGCAAGGUUACUGCGACUCUCUCGCGCUUGGUGCUCUCAGCGCGAGCAUUGCGCUACGAUGCGGGAGCAGAGGCAGCCUCGGCACGCGGGGAGGCCGGUGCAGGGAUCGUUGACACUCUCCAACGGAUCGAAGUCGACGCAGAGGAAUUGGAACGCGCAUUGCACGCCUUCGUCUUGGAGGUGGGCCGAUCGCAGCAUACACCUCAUUCUCCCAGCGUUUCUCGAAGGUUGCAUGGCGUCUUUUCCUCGACAGACCUUGGGCUGGGUCUGCUCGGUGCUGGAGCCGCUGGAUCAUGGAAAGGUUUUGGCUUCGUCCCAGUAAACGAGUCCGACACUCCACGGCGAGCCUUGUCAGGCGAUGUCGUUGAAGAGCUGGUACAGCUCGUGACCCAGGUUGACAUUCUUUUCACCGAAGUGAAGGAUAGCUUCACUGCCUCCGGUACUCCUGUCGAAGAAGUUCGCGGCCUGGGCACCAGCCUGAUCGCCCAAAUCAACACCCUCCUGACCUUCGUUGCUGAUGUGCACGUCGCGAAGCACGUCGACGUCGACGGCAUCCGUCGCAAUGGCAAUGACCCCUCGAACGACGCGUACGCCCGAACCGUCGAGCGCGCACGGAGUCUGGUCCGCGCUCUCGAAGCAGCGACGCAAGCCGUGUACGACGACCUCGCCGCGUUCGUCCUCUCUAUACAGACGCUACCCGAGACCCAGUCCGCGCGCGCUCUCGAGUCGGCAGCAGGGUAUUUCGAGGUCGUCUCGGGCUCGCUGAAGUCGAAUGUGGCGACCAUGCGGCAGACGAUUUCUGCGCUGCUGGCCGUGGGUCGGGAGCAGGCCGAUAUCGACCAGGGUGACUACUCGGGCUCGAUUGAGCUGCGGCUCUCGCGACUUAGCAUCAUGCCCCCGCAUACCGCGGCACGGCCGGAUAGCGACUUCUUCGGAGCGCCGCCGAACCUGCCUGGCGAUGUGGUGGGCAUGGAGGACGCCUUCAGGCGGCCUGCGCCAAGCAUGCGCCCAAGCGAGGACACCAGCUAUCGGGACACGAUAGUUGCAGGCCAGCCCUCGACCGCGAAUGGCUCGUCAACAGUGUACGGGCAGGACUCGGAGACAGACCUACCAGAGACGGACCUGGAUAUGGAUGAUGAUCUGAAUCUGGACGAUGACUUCGACGAUAUGAAGUCGUUGGAUGGACUCGGGCCACAAACCACGCCAAGCAAGCCCCCGCGAGGAUCCUCCAAGCUCAAGAAGAUCCUCGGCGAGAUCCCUACCUUCAUCGAAACCACCGCCAUCUCCGAGCAGCAGCCCUGGUAUUUACGACCCACCUACAAUGCCUCCGAGAUCAUCAUCGACAAUGCCGAUGGCACCGUCAAGGGAGGCACUGUACCCGCUCUCGUCGAGCGCCUCACCGCGCACGAACACGGCGAUCCGACGUACAUUCGGUCAUUCCUCAUGACGUUCAAGUCAUUUACGACUCUGGACGAGCUGUUCGACCUGCUGGUGCAGCGGUUCUGGAUACAGCCGCCGCCAAAGCUGACGCCGGAGGAGCGGGAGGACUGGGGGAAAAACAAGCAGCACAUCAUCCAGAUGCGAGUGCUUAAUACGUUCAAGUCCAUGGUCGUUGACGAGGACGUGCUCGAGAAGGAGGACAUGUACAUCCUGGACCGCAUGAAGCAGUUCGUUACGACGGAGCCCGUCAAGGGCUUCGGAGCGGCAAGGGUGUUGCUUGCGCAGAUCGAACGUGCGCAGCGCGGCGGCAACGACAACAUGAAGAUGGUGACCACCGGCAUGGGCACGCCUCCACAGCCCAUUCUUCCCAAAGCCAACAAGAAGCUCAAGCUGCUCGACAUUGAUCCCAUCGAAAUGGCGCGGCAGCUGACGCUGAUGGAGAGCGAGUUAUAUCAGCGCAUCCGCCCCAUGGAGUGCUUGCAGCGCGCUCGGGAGGGCAAGACGGAUAACGUGGAUAACAUCACUGUGGUCAUCCAGACAAGCAAUAAGAUUGCUCUCUGGGUUGCUGAGCUGGUGUUGAGCAAGGAUGACUCGCGGCGCCGGGCGCAGGUCGUGAAGCACCUUAUCAGCAUUGCGGAUCGUUGUCGGUCGAUGAACAAUUUCUCGUCCAUGAUUGCCAUCGUCUCCGGAUUGAACACGCCACCCAUCCGUCGUCUCAAGCGAACAUGGGAGCAGGUCAACCAGCGCUUCAUGCAGCAGUUCGCCGCGUGCGAGAUGACGAUACACUCGGACAAGAACUUCAACAAGUAUCGGCAGAUUAUGGCCACCGUCAACCCGCCAUGCGUUCCGUUCAUCGGUGUCUUCUUGUCCACUCUGCAAUUCAUCCAGGACGGCAACCCCGACAAGCUCCCCGGCGAUCUCGUCAACUUCCGUAAGCGGGCGAAAGCGUCGGAGGUCAUUCAGGACAUCAAGCGCUGGCAGGCUCAGCCUUUCAACUUCACCCGCGUCACGGUCAUCCAGAACUUCAUCGAGGAGAGUCUGAACCAGUUCAGCGACGCCGGGCAGUGGUCAGAUCACUUCUGGACGCUCAGUCUCGAGAGGGAGCCCCGCGAGCGGGAGGACGAGAAGAUGGCGCGGUUGUUGCAGGAGAGCGGGUUCCUGUAGAUUCGAGGGCGACUGGCAGGGCGCGCAGUUUAUAUGCGAUACCCUAAUGCGAGCGCGCUGGGCCCCGAGGGCGCGCCGAGCGCUAGCGAAGACACGCUCUCCGCUUGUGCAGCAGCCUUUCGGUGUGCGCGCAGCUGGUAUACAUGCAUCGACUCUGUUUUGGUUGGUUCGGCGUCUGGGCUGGGUACUUUGCCCCUUGCGCCUGUGGAUUUUCUCAUACUUACCUGUGUAUAUCAUGGUUAAUGUUCGCUCUUCGCUGUUCUUAGUUGUAUCAUUAUUGUCUGUCUCGCGUGUUCAAUAAACAAUAUGCACACGUAUACCUUGUUCGCUGC